UUGCGCGCGUUUCUCCCUCCCCUCCCCCCUGCACCCAGGAGCAGCACUAGCGACGGGGCGUCUUGACCACGCCAAACCCUGCCGGGCGGGCUCCCCUCGCAACUGCACACAGCGCUAACUUAACUCUGCCUUUCUCCUUCGCUGUGCAGGCAGAGCCGAGCCGCGCCCUGUUACCCGCCCCUCCUGCACUCCAUCGCCUGGGGCUGGUUGGGUCCCCAGGGCCCGGGCGGGGCCGCUUGGUCUCGGCUCACGUGGGCAGAGAGGGAGAGGGCGCCACCGCUGCUGCCGCCGCCGCUAGUAAAGCUAGUGCUGUGAUCUUUCUGGAGGGGCUUUUGCUCCCAGCAGCGGUAUUUUUUUUCUUUUCUUUUCCAGCUAGGGAAUAACUAGAGAGAGGGAGAGAGAGGUGACAAAGAGGGAGGAAAGAAAGUGAGCCUUGCAGGUGGUGACCACAGAGAGACCGGCGGCGGGGAGGCGGCUUCACUUGUAGCUGCAAACUCCACCUUCGGGGCAUGGGAGCAAGUUAUUCUAUCAUAAGAAUUAAAAAGUAAUUAAAACUUGCAGAAUGAAAAGAUGGCACAAGUGCUGCUUGCACCACCAGGACCCGGUUGCUUCUUCCGAUUUACUCGGGAGUCCCUUGCAGCAAUUGAGCAAAGGAUUGCUGAAGAAGAAGAAAAACAAAAAACUGAACAGGAGCAAAAGAAUGAGGACAAUGAUGAAAACAAGCCAAAGCCAAACAGGGACUUGGAGGCAGGGAAGCCUUUGCCCUUUAUUUAUGAGGACAUACCUCCAGGAAUGGUGUCUGAGCCCUUGGAAGACCUGGAUCCUUAUUAUGCAAAUAAAAAAACAUUUAUAGUAUUGAAUAAAGGGAAGACCAUCUUCAGAUUCAGUGCCACACCUGCCUUGUACUUAUUAAGUCCUUUCAGUACACUUAGAAGAAUUUCUAUAAAGAUUUUUGUUCAUUCAUUAUUCAGCAUGUUUAUUAUGUUCACCAUUCUGACAAACUGUGUAUUUAUGACCCUGAAAGAUCCUCCUGAAUGGUCAAAGGCUGUUGAAUACACAUUCACUGGAAUUUAUACAUUUGAAUCCCUCAUUAAAAUAUUUUCAAGAGGUUUCUGUAUAGAUAGCUUUACUUUCCUUCGAGACCCCUGGAAUUGGCUUGAUUUCCUUGUAAUUUCAUUUGCGUUUAUAACAGAAUUUGUAAACCUAGGCAAUCUUUCAGCUCUUCGAACUUUCAGAGUAUUGAGAGCUUUGAAAACUAUUUCUGUAAUCCCAGGCCUGAAGACCAUUGUGGGAGCACUCAUUCAGUCAGUGAAGAAACUCUCGGAUGUCAUGAUUCUGACCGUGUUUUGUCUGAGUGUAUUUGCACUAAUAGGGCUGCAGCUGUUUAUGGGCCACUUGAGGCAAAAAUGUGUGAUUUGGCCCCUAAAUAAUGAUUCUGCUCAAGACCCAUACUAUGCACAAUAUUACAAUGCAGGAGUACUCGACUGGUCUAAAUACAUUGAUGACACAGAACAACCAAAACACUUUUACACUUUGGAAGGGUCAACGGAUCCCUUGCUUUGUGGAAAUAAUUCAGAUGCUGGCCAAUGUCCAGAGGGAUAUACGUGUAUAAAAGCUGGCAGAAACCCCAACUAUGGCUACACAAGCUUUGAUACCUUCAGCUGGGCCUUCUUGUCACUCUUUCGGCUGAUGACUCAGGACUACUGGGAAAAUCUUUACCAACUGACUCUGCGUGCUUCUGGCAAAACAUACAUGAUCUUUUUUGUCCUGGUGAUUUUCCUGGGCUCUUUCUAUCUGGUCAACUUGAUCCUGGCCGUUGUUGCCAUGGCCUACGAAGAGCAGAAUCAGGCCACCAUGGAAGAAGCAGUGCGGAAGGAAGCUGAAUAUCAGCAGAUGCUGGAACAGCUGAAGAGGCAUCAAGAGGAAGCCCAGGCACUAGCAGCUGCAGCAGCUUGCAAAGACUUUAGGGAUGAAGGUGGGCUUGGAAGACUAUCUGAAACCUCUUCGGAAAUUUCAAGGCUAAGCUCCAAAAGUGCUAAAGAAAGAAGGAACCGGAGGAAGAAAAGGCGGCAAAGACAGUUAUCUGUAGGAGAGGAGAAAGCAAAUGGCAAAAAGUUUCCAAAAUCUGAAUCAGAUAGCAGCAUCAAAAAGAAGGGAUUUCGGUUUUCCCUGGAAGGAAACAGACUCACCUAUGAAAACAGGAUCACUUCUCCAUACCAGUCCAUGCUGUUUUCCACACGACGAAAUAGCAGAGCAAGCUUUUCCAGCUUCAGAGGCCAAGCCACAGAAGGGGGCUCAGAUGCUGAUAGUGAGCAGAGCACCUUUGAAGACAAUGGAAGCCGUAGCGGUUCCUAUUUUAUUCUGCGCAGACAUAGCGAGCGAUGUGGCAGUAACGUUAGUCAGACCAUGUUGCCCACGUUUCCAGUGAAUGGAAAGAUGCACAGCAGUGUGGACUGCAAUGGGGUGGUUUCCUUGGUAGGAGGGCCCCCAGCACUCCUGUCGCCCACUGGACAGCUUCUCCCAGAGGUGAUAAUAGAUAAAGCAACUACUGACGACAGUAGCACUGCUUCUGAAAUAGAUAGCAGAAAAAGGCGGUCGAGUUCUUUUCAGAUAUCAAUGGAUUUACUGGAAGAUCCCACCAUAAGGCAACGAGCAAUGAGUAUAGCAAGCAUAAUCACAAACACAAUGGAAGAACUUGAAGAAUCCAGGCAGAAAUGUUCACCAUGCUGGUAUAAAUUUGCCGACACUUACUUGAUUUGGAACUGCUGCGAUACUUGGCUAAAAAUAAAGAAAGUUGUUCAUUUGAUUGUGAUGGAUCCAUUUGCUGACCUUGGCAUUACCAUCUGUAUUGUCAUAAACACACUUUUUAUGUCCAUGGAACACUAUCCAAUAGAGGAGACCUUCAACAGUGUUCUAAAAAAUGGAAACCUGAUCUUCACUGGAAUCUUCACUGCUGAAAUGGUCCUCAAGAUAAUAGCUAUGGAUCCUUAUUAUUAUUUCCAAGAAGGCUGGAAUAUUUUUGAUAGCAUCAUUGUCAGCCUGAGUUUGAUGGAGCUGAGUCUUCAAAGUAUAGAAGGAUUAUCGGUGCUACGGUCAUUCAGAUUGCUCCGAGUGUUCAAAUUGGCUAAAUCUUGGCCAACUCUAAACAUGUUGAUAAAGAUUAUUGGCAACUCUGUGGGUGCUCUGGGAAAUCUGACCUUGGUCUUGGCCAUCAUUGUCUUCAUUUUUGCUGUGGUUGGUAUGCAGCUGUUUGGUAAAUACUACGAAAAUUGUAAGUGCAAGAUUUCAGAAGACUGUGAGCUUCCUCGCUGGCAUAUGAAUGACUUUUUCCACUCUUUCUUGAUCGUGUUCCGAGUGCUUUGCGGAGAAUGGAUAGAAACCAUGUGGGACUGCAUGGAGGUUGCAGGUCAACCCAUGUGCCUCAUUGUGUUCAUGCUGGUUAUGGUGAUUGGAAACCUCGUGGUACUAAACCUCUUUCUGGCCUUAUUAUUGAGCUCUUUUAGUUCAGACAAUCUUGCUGCCCCAGAACAGGAUACAGACGCAAACAAUCUCCAGAUUGCUGUUGCGAGAAUACAGAGAGGAAUAGAUUAUGUAAAAAGAAAAGCAUAUGAGUUUGUUCAAGUGGUCCUUUUGCAAAAAUGUAAGGCCUCCACUGGAAUUGAUUCAGCUGAUGGGCAAGAUGACAAGAAGGGGGUCUAUGUUCCCAACCACACUGUAGCUGGUCUUGAUUUUCAUAAAGACAGAACAACAACUACAAUCUAUGUGGACAGCACUGAUCACAUGUCAUUCAUAAACAACCCAAAUCUCACUGUGACAGUACCAAUAGCUGUGGGAGAAUCUGACUUUGAACAUUUAAAUACAGAAGAAGUUAGCAGUAUAUCCGAGGCUGAAGAAAGUAAAGAGAAAUUAAGUAUUUCCAGCUCCAGUGAAGGUAGCACAAUUGAUAUUGAUCCCUUGGGAGAGGAAAAACCUGAACACCCAGCAGAAGACCCAUCACAACCGAAGGCUUGUUUUACUGAAGGCUGUGUGCGGAAAUUCAAAUGCUGUCAAGUCAGCAUAGAAUCUGGGAAGGGCAAACACUGGUGGAACCUUCGUAAAACCUGCUUCAGAAUAGUGGAACACAACUGGUUUGAAACCUUCAUUGUCUUCAUGAUUAUUCUCAGCAGUGGUGCUUUGGCUUUUGAAGAUAUAUAUAUUGAACAGCGCAAGAUUAUCAAGAUCAUACUUGAAUAUGCGGAUAAGAUCUUCACAUACAUCUUCAUUCUGGAAAUGCUUCUGAAGUGGGUGGCAUAUGGUUUUCAAGUCUAUUUCACAAAUGCCUGGUGCUGGCUGGAUUUCAUGAUAGUUGAUGUUUCUUUAGUGAGUUUAAUAGCUAAUGCCUUGAACUUUUCCGAACUUGGUCCCAUUAAAUCACUUCGGACACUGAGAGCCUUGAGACCUCUAAGAGCCUUGUCACGAUUUGAAGGAAUGAGGGUGGUUGUGAAUGCUCUGAUAGGAGCCAUACCAUCUAUUAUGAAUGUGCUUCUUGUUUGUCUUAUAUUCUGGCUAAUUUUCAGCAUCAUGGGCGUAAACCUGUUUGCUGGCACAUUCUAUCAUUGUGUCAACAUUACAGAUGGACAGAUGCUUCCACAUACGAUGGUUCCAGAUAAAUUAGCUUGUCAGAAUAUGACAGGAAUUGCCAGAUGGGCAAACCUUAAAGUAAAUUAUGACAAUGUGGGAGCUGGAUAUCUUUCUCUACUUCAAGUUGCCACCUUUAAAGGAUGGAUGGAAAUAAUGUAUGCUGCUGUUGAUUCAACACGUCAAAAUAUGCAGCCCAAAUAUGAAAACAGCUUGUAUAUGUAUCUUUACUUUGUCGGCUUCAUUAUAUUUGGUUCAUUCUUCACUUUGAAUCUUUUCAUUGGUGUCAUCAUUGAUAACUUCAACCAGCAAAAAAAGAAGUUAGGAGGACAAGACAUUUUUCUAACAGAAGAACAAAAGAAAUAUUACAAUGCAAUGAAAAAACUGGGGUCCAAGAAACCACAGAAACCUAUACCUAGGCCAGCAAAUAAAUUCCAAGGCUUUAUUUUUGAUUUUGUUACCAAGCAAGCAUUUGACAUUGGGAUCAUGAUUCUCAUCUGUCUUAAUAUGUUCACCAUGAUGGUAGAAACAGCUGACGAGGACCCCACUGUGGAAGAAACUUUGUACUGGAUUAAUAUGAUUUUCAUUAUCCUCUUCACUGGGGAGUUUGUCUUGAAAUUGAUUGCACUCCGCUAUUAUUAUUUCACUAUUGGGUGGAAUAUAUUUGAUUUUGUGGUUGUCAUUCUCUCCAUUGUAGGUAUGUUCCUGUCAAAAAUCAUUGAAGAAUACUUUGUGUCGCCCACCUUGUUCCGAGUCAUCCGACUCGCCAGGAUUGGUCGAAUCCUGCGUCUAAUCAAGGGUGCAAAAGGGAUCCGCACUCUGCUUUUUGCCUUGAUGAUGUCUCUCCCUGCCUUGUUUAACAUUGGCCUCCUCCUUUUCCUCGUCAUGUUCAUCUACGCUAUAUUUGGAAUGUCCCAGUUUGCCUACGUGAGGAGACAAGCUGGGAUUGAUGACAUGUUCAAUUUUGAAACAUUUGCCAACAGCAUGAUCUGCCUCUUCCAAAUCACCACCUCAGGUGGCUGGGAUCGCUUGCUAUUGCCUAUUCUCAAUAGUGAGCCGCCAGACUGUGACCCUAAAAAGGUCCAUCCAGGCAGUUCAGUCAAAGGUGACUGUGGCAAUCCUUCUGUUGGGAUUUUCUUUUUUGUCAGCUAUAUUAUCAUAUCAUUUCUAGUUGUAGUCAACAUGUACAUUGCUGUCAUUUUGGAGAACUUCAGUGUUGCUACGGAAGAAAGUGCUGAGCCUUUAGGCGAAGAUGAUUUUGAGAUGUUCUAUGAGGUUUGGGAAAAGUUUGAUCCAGAUGCAACUCAGUUCAUAGAAUACUGCAAGCUCUUUGAUUUUGCAGCCUCUCUAGAACCUCCUCUCCUAAUACCAAAACCAAACCACAUUCAGCUUAUCGCAAUGGAUUUGCCCAUGGUAAGUGGCGACAGAAUUCACUGCCUUGAUAUCUUGUUUGCUUUCACAAAACGUGUUUUGGGGGAAAGCGACGAAAUGGACACCCUUCGUGUUCAAAUGGAAGAUCGGUUUAUGGCUGCCAAUCCUUCCAAAGUCUCCUAUGAACCCAUUACAACUACCCUAAGACGGAAACUGGAGGAGAAGUCUGCCAAAGUAAUUCAGCGAGCCUUCAGGCGGUACCACUUGAGGAAACCAGUGCGCGAACCCUUGUUCAUAUAUGAGAAAGGCAGAGACUUACCUGUCAAAGAUGAAAUGAUUAUUGAUAAGGUGAGUUUGAACUCAACGAGGAAGAGGAGCUCCUCCACCACUUCACCUCCUUCAUACGACAGUGUGACAAAGCCAGACAAAUAUGAACAAGAAAAGUCAGAAAAAGAAGAAAAGGGCAAAGACUACAAGCAGAGCAGAAAGUAAAAACCAGUGAGAGUGCCUCUUUGUUGAUAGCAAAUUUGUUUGCAGCAUCAGGAAGUGAACACUGGUAACCAACAGGGAUCAUGUUGGAAGUUUAUGCCAAACUAACUGUUUCUGCAGUUACCCAACAUAAUGCAUACAAUCACUCAAGGCCAGCAUUGAACACAGGGCAAUUGUCAUCUUAUUGUUGAGUGAAUAGUAGGGUAACAGACAUGUGGAGGACAAUACUGUGCCUCUAACCAGCUGGCAGUGAUGAAGAUGGAUGCACAAAAUAACUACGGACAGUCAGAAUGCAUCCAUAAUUGUGUGUGUAUCUUAACAAAAAAUUACCCCUAUUGCUGCAGUAAUUGUAUCCACUGUCUGCAUCUCAACCACCAUGUGUCCUGUUUGACAAAUUUCUGUUGGUGCCGUCAUUUUUCUGUUUACGGAUAAUUGUUUAUGAUUAUAUUGAGCAAAGGAGCAAGGGGCUCUUAUAUUUGUUUACAUUCACACACACCUUUUGUUACUUCCAAUACUGAUGUGAUAUUUAGGGGAUCUUACUCAUUGUGGCUGUGGUCCAAUACAAGUGUAAAGCCGAAAAUCCUGGCUCUGCUGCAGAGUGAUUGAGUCCUAAAGAGACAUGUCAGGUAGGUAGAAUAGUCAAAAGAAGUAAAAAAAAAAGGUUAAACAGGGUUCAAGGAUGUCCUAGCGCAUGUGCCAGGUUCUGUUUGGAUAUGAAGUUAAAAUAUUUACUGUGGUUGUACAGAUAUAACAUAGGGCUGAAAUAAAACUCCUUUGUAGAUACACAGAAAAGGACAAGGUUUGUCAAAAGUUAUAGUCCACGCAAUCCCCAAAUUUGGCCUUAAGUACUGCCACAGCUAAAUUUUAUUAAGCAAAUCCGUACAACAUCUGAUCUUGCCUCCUUCAGUCAACCCCAGGGAGUUCCAAUGUGAGAAAGAAAUUAGAGUGUGAACCAUUCAGAAUGCCAGAAGGGGCCUGGCUCCCAGCCAGGAUCUAGUGAAAAGAAAGGCUUAAAGGAACUCCUCUGGACAAGUGGUCAGCUCCUCAGCAACUGGAAGGAGCAUGAAGGAGGAGAUACAAGACAGGAUCAAAGCCGGUGUCAGCCAAUACUUGUCAGGCUGGAGAGGAGGCACACAUGUCCUUGUAAAGGAAGGUCCACUCCAGGCAGAGGUGCCUGUGAAGUGCUUCACCAGGUAGAACCACCAGCUGCGACUGGGAUGCUGGAGGGGGAGGGGAAUUCCUAUCCUUAGCCCAUAAACCGUGAGAGACAGCUGUGGAGGUAUUGUAGUCAGCACUAUACAAGUAAGCGGUUUCUGACUUUGGUAGGGGUUGCUAGAUUGCAGCUGUCCAUGGUGCUGGCUGUGAUGGUUGCUGUCUCCUCGCGCUUACAAGGAUGGGGAUUCCCCAUUGCCCUGCAGAGUUAGCCAGUAAUUUGGCCUAGUGAACUGCUUCACUGAGCACUUCCAACUCCAGGCUCUGCCAUUUUAAAAGGAACCAACACAUGUCACCGAUAAGGCCAUUGGCAGACUGAAACUGCCUAAAACCUGUCCAGCCCCUGCCAAGAGGUUAGAUGGUAAUCCAGGAAGCCAACUGGUGCUGUUUUCACCUAAUAGCUGUAAGGAUCCCUGUGUUACUUCCCCUUUCCAAAAUUAUUUGGCUUGGUUGAAUUCAGCUACUUUAAUAGUUGCUCAUUCAUGGUUCUCCUGGUUUGGCACAACCUUCCCCUACCUGGUACACUCCAGAUGUUGUCAAACUGCAGCUUCCAGCAUCUCUCACCACUGGGGUUGAUGGGAGUUGGAGUCUGACAACAUCUGGAAGAGCACCCAGUUGGGGUUGGCUGGUUUGGUUGUUUCUCCUUCCUACCUCAACUCCUCAAGCUCUGCCAUUUUUUGUUUGUUUCAGUUUGUGUGUGUAUGCAUGUGUGCACAUUUAUACUGUAGAGGGGGAGAGUAUGCUGAGGUGAUCGUUUUUCUUCAGAAGAAGAAGGAUGGGUCAGGGUAGCUGUAAAACAUGCUAAGAUUCCCAAAGCCCCAUGGUCCAUAAACCAAAAUUACCACACAUCUUCUCUCGUAAGUAUUUAGAUGGAGGGACAACACUGCCAGAAUCAACCCAGAAUACAUGUCAGGUGUUCAUUGUGGGGCAUAUCAUGCAAGGAUGGGAGAGUAUUUAUGAGCACACUAGCUUUGUCCCCAUUGCCCUCUACAUGGUUAAGGGCAACUGUCUGCAGUGGGGAAGCCUCCUAUACUAGUGAUGGCUCUUGCACAUUUUAGAAGCCUGUGUUUUUUUCCAAGGUGCCAAAAUGAGCAGGAGCUUGUACAAGUACAGGAGCAAUCCUCCCUGCAAACAGGUCCCCUUGAGUUUGUGGAGAGAGUGAUGGGGGCAGGGCUUGCCCACUCAUGCACACUCUCCUCCACACACUUGUUUUUUUAACAACUUUUUUAAAGAAAAAAACCUCUCAAAGCAGUUUACAAAAAAAGUUAAGCCUCAUUCUGAAUGCCUGAAUAGGGCUAUAUAUGUAUAUAUAUAUAACAUGGCUCUUCUUGGGUGUACAAUGUGUACCUCAGAAACUUGGCACAUAAACAUAUAUACAACGUGUUGAUCAUAGGGGGAAGCCCACUUUCAAAACAGCUUUUAAAAUCUACACAGUCCAGAUAGAUUAUCAAUCCAGUAGUCACUGUGGUUAGUUUUUCUAAUACUUUUUUUACUUACAUAUUCUCAUUUAAAAUAAUGCAUUUGGCAGACACAAAAAAAGAUAGAGCCAUGUGGCACCUCCAAAGGCUAGCGGACUUGCGAAGUGUUUUAUUUUUUAGGUGCCACAAGAAUCUGGUGGGUGUUUGCUGUAAUAGACUAACAUGGCUACCCCUCUGGAGCGUAUUUGGCGAGUUAGUUUACUUUUAUUCUCUCCCAUGUACAGAUAAGAGAUUUGCAUGAAGGCAUGCUUUACUGUAUAGCUCAUGCUUGGGGAAAAGCAGGAAGUAACAAAGAGCAACAGAUUCACAACUAUGACAGGUUUCAAGGUUGCAGAAUCUGGAAUUUUAACUAUUUGUGCUAUAUGAAACACCAGGAGAAAGCUGCAUUCGUGUGCCUAUACAUUUGCAAUGGAUAUAUAAACUUAAGAUUGUUGGGUGGGUUUUUUCCCACCCCACCUGCACUUUUAUUGUGAAAUGUUCCAUCUUACCCAGUGCAUUCCACAGUUCAACUGAACUAGACCAAUUGAUAGUUUCAUUCUUGCCUUACAUUGGUAUGCUUGGGACAAACAUUGCCAAGAACCUAACCAAAUGUUAAGUUCCUCCAGGAUAUGAGAAGGUAGCAAGGGAGCUAUGAACCUCUGCUAUUCUGUCACGUACUGUAUUGGAGGCAGUAAAAAUCUAUGGAAGAUUCGCAUAUGCAGUUGCUUAGCUUUGUUCUGAAACAAGAGUUAGCCAUAGUCUUCCCUGUGUGAAACCAACGUUAUGUAUAUCAGUGCUUGUCCUUUUGAAUAAAUAUUUGGGUUUUUGAAAA